UUUUAGCUUACCUUAACAGGGCAUUCAGCUUGCAUAUACAAUGUAUCCUACCCUAUGUUGUGCAAUUUCAAACCUAAUAUGCAUGGUCUAUAAGUUCGCCUGCUGAAGUUUGUCGUGUGUUUCAGACGAGCCUGCGGUAGUUGGUUAGCCAGCCAGCCAGCCAGCCAGCCUUUGUAAGCUACCUCAUAACGGUGGCACAUUUCUUGUUGGGGCAGAGGCUUUCUAACUUGGCCAUGCUAUCACCAUCAUGAAGUUAUUUCUUGUGGAGUUGAAAAGAAAUGGGCAGAUAGUGUCCUGAUGUUGUCACUACCCAUUUUGUCCUUGCUCCUAUGCCUGAGGUGGCACACCUGUGAUGGGGGAAAGGUGCUUGUUUAUCCAGUGGAGGGAAGCCAUUGGGUGAACAUGAAAAUCAUCAUUGAGGCUUUGCACUCUAAAGGACACAACAUCACAGUUCUGCGAUCAGACAAAAGCUGGUAUGUCAAGGAGAAUUCCUCAUUCUAUGACACCAUCACAAUUCCAGUAAGCGCUGCUUUCGACGAGGAAUUCAUUGUGAAAAUCAUUACAAAGACCAUUAAUAUCCAGAGGGGACACAGUACUGGGUUUGCCUUCAUGACCUUGAUGGUUGAGAUGUUUAAGAAAAUGAAGGAGGGUCACGUCCUCUUAAAGGAGAUGAUAGUAAACAUACUUGAGAACCCAGAACUAAUCAAAAGCAUUCAGGGCAGUCACUAUGACAUAAUGCUCACAGAUCCCUGCUGGGGUGGUGGGACAGUGUUGGCCCAUUACCUCCAUCUUCCUCUUGUUUACAAUGUGCGCUGGUUGCCAGUAGGCGAGGGUCACUUUGCUAUUGCCCCUUCACCAGUGUCGUACAUCCCACUGACUGGAUCUGGGUUUUCAGACAAGAUGACAUUCAUUGAGAGGGUCAAAAACAUGCUUUACUAUGGUAUCAAGGUCAUCCAAGAUCGCUUGACUGUGAGGCCAGUAUACCAAGAGGUCUGUGAGAAGUACUUGGGUCCGCAGAGUGAUUUCUACAUGCUGAUGCAGUCCGCAGAUCUCUGGUUGAUGCGUGGUGAUUUUGUGUUUGAGUUCCCACGCCCCACUAUGCCCAAUGUUGUUUAUAUGGGUGGGUUCCAGUGUAAACCAGCAAAGCCGCUUCCUCAGGACCUGGAGGACUUUGUUCAGAGCUCUGGAGAACAUGGAGUCAUCAUCAUGUCUUUAGGGACAUUUGUCAGUGAACUUCCAAGUGACAUUACUGACGUUAUAGCAGCAGCUUUUGCUGAGUUCCCCCAGAAAGUCAUAUGGAGGUACACUGGAGGGAGACCAUCCACCCUGGGCAACAACACCCUCCUGGUUGACUGGAUGCCACGGAAUGAUUUUCUGGGGCAUCCCAAAAUUAAGCUUUUUGUGGCUCAUGGAGGAACAAAUGGACUACAGGAAGCUAUUUACCAUGGUGUUCCAGUUGUGGGUAUACCUUUGUUUUUUGACCAGUAUGACAAUCUUCUUAGGCUGAAAGUAAGAGGUGGAGCAACAAUACUCUCUGUUGCAACACUAGAUAAAGACAUCUUCCUCCAGGCUUUGCAGGAGGUGCUCCAUGAGCCGUCCUACAGGGACAACAUGCAGAGGCUCUCCAGGCUGCACAGGGACCAGCCAAUGCAGCCCCUUGACCGGGCCAUGUUCUGGAUUGAGUUUGUUAUGAGACACAAAGGUGCUGCUCACCUGCGCACAGAGUCCUACAAGAUGCCCUGGUACUCCUACCACUCUGUGGAUGUGAUACUGUUCUUACUUGCAGUCUUGGCCACUUUCGUGGCUUGUUUUGUUUUUGGAAUUAAGUUUCUGUGCACCAGGAUUUGUUGUAAACGCAAGUCAAAAAAAGAAUAACAACUUGUCUUACGUCACUGAUACAGAAGAAAACAUAAUAGGGGAGUUUUUUGAUUAUGUUGAAUACCAUGUAGAACAAUGUUAAGAUUAAUUCUAAUUGUGUAUUAAUUUCAUGAAUGACAAAACACUUGAGGGGUUUUAAGCAUGUACUGAAAUAGAAUGGAGUGAAAUCAGAAUGAUAUUUGUGCUUUCACACAGGAGGUGAUCUAGAUUGUGAGAUUGUGAUUGUGUCUAAAUUGUGUGAUUUAGAGAGAAUUGUGUUGUGCUUCCAUAGUAAAGUCAUGUAUUUCCUCUUCUCUUGUAACUUCAGUGUUCUUGUGACUUCCAACUGAGUGGCCUGUACAACAGCAUAUUUAAACUGCAUUUUGGCAUUUAUUUUCUCCAUGGCUUCAUCAGUCUUUUGUAUCAGUCGUUGAAUGGACUUUAAUCUACCUCACUUGUAUGUGGAUGUGUAUUGUUUCUGCAACAUGAAUAAAUAAAAUUGUCCA